UCUCACGACUUAGUCUCACUGACAGAGGCCUCACGACCCAGUCCCACGACGAGUCCCACGACGAGUCUCACGACGAGUCCCACGACGAGUCUCACGACGAGGAGUCCCACGACGAGUCUCACGACGAGUCCCACGACGAGUCUCACGACGAGUCCCACGACGAGGCCCACGACGAGUCUCACGACGAGUCCCACGGCGAGUCUCACGAUGAGGAGUCCCACGACGAGUCCCACUACGAGUCCCACGACGAGGCCCAUGACAAGUCCCACAACGAGGAGUCCCACGACGAGUCCCACAACGAGUCCCACGACGAGGCCCACGACGAGUCCCACGACGAGGAGUCCCACGACGAGUCCCACGACGAGUCUCACGACGAGUCCCACGACGAGUCUCACGACGAGUCUCACGACGAGGCUCACGACGAGGAGUCCCACGACGAGUCUCACGACGAGUCUCACGACGAGUCCCACGACGAGGCCCACGACGAGUCUCACGACGAGUCCCACGGCGAGUCUCACGACGAGUCCCACGACGAGUCUCACGACGAGUCCCACGACGAGUCUCACGACGAGUCCCACGACGAGGCCCACGACGAGUCUCACGACGAGUCCCACGGCGAGUCUCACGACGAGUCCCACGACGAGUCUCACGACGAGGAGUCCCACGACGAGUCCCACUACGAGUCCCACAACGAGGAGUCCCACGACGAGUCCCACAACGAGUCCCACGACGAGGCCCACGACGAGUCCCACGACGAGGAGUCCCACGACGAGUCCCACGACGAGUCUCACGACGAGUCCCACGACGAGUCUCACGACGAGUCUCACGACGAGGCUCACGACGAGGAGUCCCACGACGAGUCUCACGACGAGUCUCACGACGAGUCCCACGACGAGGCCCACGACAAGUCUCACGACGAGUCCCACGGCGAGUCUCACGAUGAGUCCCACGACGAGUCUCACGACGAGGAGUCCCACGAUGAGUCUCACGACGAGGAGUCCCACGACGAGUAA